AACCAUGAGUCCAUGACCCAUCACGUCUUCAACCGUUAUUUGUUUAUUUUUUCUUCGUUCCUUUCUUUCCCUGUAGACGACACAGUCUCUCUCUCUCUCUCUCCUUGAAGAUCUGAAUCUCUAGCAGUCGGAAGCGCUUCAUCUCUUGCGGAGACUUGAGAGGUCUUGGAGGAGUUCCGAUCCGAAAUGGCGACCAUGGAGAGCUUGAUUGGAUUGGUUAACAGAAUCCAGAGAGCUUGUACCGUUUUAGGUGAUCAUGGAGGAGAGGGAUCGCUCUGGGAAGCGCUUCCUUCCGUGGCUGUCGUUGGAGGCCAGAGUUCCGGUAAAUCGUCCGUCUUGGAAAGCGUUGUGGGGAGAGAUUUCCUGCCUCGAGGAUCUGGUAUUGUGACGAGGAGGCCUUUAGUGCUGCAACUUCACAAGACGAACGAUGGGCAAGCAGAGUAUGCUGAGUUUCUUCAUGCUCCAAGGAAGAAAUUUUCGGACUUCGCUUCCGUGCGUAAGGAGAUUCAGGAUGAAACUGACCGAAUAACUGGGAAAACAAAGCAUAUCUCCAACAUUCCGAUUCACCUAAGCAUCUACUCUCCAAAUGUGGUGAAUCUUACACUUAUUGAUCUACCUGGGUUGACAAAGGUCGCAGUAGAGGGACAACCAGACAGCAUUGUUGAAGACAUUGAAAACAUGGUUCGCUCUUAUGUUGAUAAGCCUAAUUGCAUCAUAUUGGCCAUUUCUCCUGCAAAUCAAGAUAUUGCCACUUCGGAUGCCAUAAAGCUUGCAAGAGAAGUUGAUCCUUCAGGUGACAGAACAUUUGGAGUGUUGACAAAGCUUGAUCUGAUGGACAAGGGUACCAAUGCUCUGGAUGUUCUCGAAGGAAGAUCCUACAGACUGCAGCAUCCCUGGGUUGGAAUUGUCAACCGUUCACAAGCUGAUAUUAAUAAGAAUGUGGAUAUGAUUGCUGCCCGUAGAAAGGAGGUCGAAUAUUUCGAAAGUAGCAGUGAUUAUAGCCACUUGGCACAUAAAAUGGGAUCAGAAUAUCUUGCAAAACUUCUAUCUCAGCAUUUGGAGAUGGUAAUCAGGCAGCGUAUACCAAGUAUUAUAGCCUUAAUAAAUAAGACAAUUGAUGAGCUUAAUGCAGAGUUAGACCGUCUUGGCAGGCCUAUUGGAUCAGAUGGAGGGGCCCAGCUGUACACUAUUCUUGACAUGUGUCGUGCAUUUGAUCGUGUAUUCAGGGAGCACCUGGAUGGAGGGAGACCUGGUGGAGAUCGGAUAUAUGGGGUUUUUGAUAAUCAAUUACCAGCAGCUCUGAAGAAGCUUCCUUUUGAUCGACAUCUUGCUACACAAAAUGUUCGAAAAGUUGUUUCAGAAGCAGAUGGUUAUCAGCCCCAUUUGAUUGCUCCAGAACAGGCAUACAGAAGGCUUAUUGAUAGUUCUCUUGGAUAUUUUAAAGGCCCAGCUGAAGCCUCAGUUGAUGCUGUGCACAUGGUUUUGAAAGAUCUUGUUCGAAAGUCUAUAGGUGAGACAGAGGAGUUGAAGCGGUUCCCAUCACUACAAGCUGACAUAGCUGCAGCAGCAGGAGAAGCAUUGGAAAGAUUCCGUGAUGAUAGCAGGAAAACAGUUCUACGACUGGUGGACAUGGAAUCUAGUUAUCUGACCGUGGAAUUCUUCCGGAAGCUCCCCACGGAGCCAGAGAAGAGCUCGAAUCCCACAGCCUCCAAUUCCAAUACGGACCGAUAUUCGGAGAACCAUUUCCGAAGGAUUGGGUCAAAUGUCUCAGCUUAUGUGGGCAUGAUCUGUGAUACAUUAAAAAAUUCCAUCCCCAAGGCUGUCGUUUAUUGUCAAGUUCGAGAAGCAAAACGCAACCUGCUCAAUCGUUUUUAUGCUCUACUUGGAAAAAAAGAGAAGCAGCAGCUAGGGGCGAUGUUAGAUGAGGAUCCAGGACUCAUGGAGAAGAGGGAUGGUUUAGCUAAGAAGCUUGAGCUUUACAAGAAAGCUAGGGAUGAAAUUGACAGUGUGGCAUGGAAAUGAAGAGAAUGGAUGCGGAUGGUCAUUCUUUCAAAUGCCUUUGGUUUUACACAUACACAUUGCCACAUACCACUAUGUACACUAAUCAGUUAUUGUGCUAUUAUUCUUUUAUUAUAAAAGCCCACAUGAAUAAAGAUCUUAGACUUGGGCUUGCA